UGCGCGUAUAAUCCGUCCUUUUUGACAGCAACAACACGCGUGUUUGGACAGCGUGAAUGUUGCAACAGAAAUUUUCACUAAAUUAGUUAAUAUUUCUGUUAGCAACGUUCGAAAUACGCCGCAACAAUGCGUAUUGAGACGUGUUUCUUCUGCUCGAACAAAAUCUAUCCCGGGCACGGGAUGGUUUUCGUGCGCAACGACUGCAAGGUGUUCCGUUUCUGUCGAUCCAAAUGCCGUCGUGCGUUUAACCAAAAGAAGAACCCGCGCAAGAUCCGCUGGACCAAAGCGUACCGCAAAACGAACGCCAAGGAGCUAACGGUCGAUCCAAGCUUCGAGUUUGAAAAGCGUCGCAACGUCCCGGUGAAGUACGAUCGCGAACUGUGGAACAAAACGAUCGAGGCGGUGAAAAAGAUCAACGAAAUCAAACACCGGCGCGAGUGUCACUUCGUUAUGGAGCGUCUGCGAAAGGCGCGCGAGUACGAGAUACAUCGCGACAUCGUGGACGUACAGAAGAACAUUUCCCUGAUCCGGUCGCCUGCCAUUGGGCUGAAGGAGCGCCGCGCGAAGGAGGAAGCCCAGAAUUCGGCCCUGCUGAUGGAUGUAGAAACCGGCGAAGAGGAGGAAGAAAUCCAGUACGUCGAUGCCCGCAAGCUCGAGAAACAGCUCGAAGAAUCGGCCGCUCUCGAGGAUGAUGAGGAAAUGCUCCGAGCGUAAAGGGUGUGGGUAUAUGUGUGCGAUUUUACCGUGUCGUUCGUUAAGGAUUAGACUGUAAGGAAUAUAUAAAAAAACACGUUGUAAAAAGAAACAAAGCUCCUGCGCAAAUGUGUGAAAAGGUUGAGCGCAAUAAAGCUGUUUCCACAAGCUGUAACAUCAAA